GUAUUUUCCUGUUGUGGCAGCCGAAACCUGGUCGUUUUCACACACACAGACAAACCAAAUAUGUAUUAACUGCCUUUAAGUGCAUAUAUUCCAAAUACAGGCUAUUCUUUUAACUAGUUCUUAGCGGUUUGAAAGGGUAUCGCAACCCGCCGAAAGGCGAUUCGCGACGAAGACCGCUCGUUAAGAAGACUGGUGGCACUUCAGUGGACCAUCUCGGUUUUUGGAAGCAGUUCGUCUUUCUUCCUAAGGAAGUGGGUGUAAAGGCGUUUGAUCCAGAGGCAGAAAUACAUGCGGGGGUAUGUCACCAUGAGCAUAUAGCAGCCGUCGGAUACUCACCUUGCGUAUGCUGAGCAAAGCGGCGAGGGUCGGGUCCGCCUCAGUCUCCUGUGAUUGGACGCUGGAUGGAAUCAAGGUGAAUGGAACACAAAGAGCAGGAGCUUAACCUGCCAGAGGGAGAUGAGACACGGUGGCCGAAUGGAGUGAAGAGAAAAAGAAAGAAUAGUCAAUGCUCUAUGAAGAGCACGUCUGUGAACAUCAUCUCUGUUCCAGGGUAUGUUCCCAGCUACCUGGAGAAAGAUGAGCCAUGUGUGGUAUGCGGGGACAAGGCCACCGGCUACCAUUACCGCUGCAUCACAUGUGAGGGCUGCAAGGGUUUCUUUAGGAGGACAAUACAGAAGAAUCUUCACCCUUCCUAUUCCUGCAAAUAUGACAGCUGUUGCAUCAUUGAUAAAAUCACUCGCAACCAGUGCCAGCUGUGCCGCUUCAAGAAGUGCAUCUCGGUGGGCAUGGCCAUUGACUUGGUGCUGGAUGAUUCAAAGCGUGUGGCCAAGAGGCGUCUGAUCGAGGAAAACCGGGAACGGAAAAAGAAAGAGGAGAUUGUGAAAACACUGCACAAUCGGCCUGAGCCCACCGUCUCGGAGUGGGAGCUGAUUCGUAUGGUGACGGAGGCUCAUCGUCACACCAAUGCCCAGGGCCCUCACUGGAAGCAGAAACGCAAGUUCUUACCAGAAGACAUCGGGCAGUCUCCAGCCCCCACAUCAGACAACGACAAAGUGGACCUGGAGGCCUUCAGUGAGUUCACCAAGAUCAUCACCCCUGCCAUCACACGAGUUGUGGACUUUGCCAAAAAGCUGCCCAUGUUCUCUGAGCUCCCCUGUGAAGACCAGAUCAUCCUGCUGAAAGGCUGCUGUAUGGAGAUCAUGUCGUUGCGCGCAGCGGUACGGUACGACCCGGAGAGCGAGACGCUGACCCUGAGCGGGGAGAUGGCUGUCAGUCGAGAGCAGCUGAAGAACGGAGGGUUAGGAGUGGUGUCUGAUGCCAUCUUUGAUUUGGGCAAGAGCCUGUCACAGUUCAACCUGGAUGACUCAGAGGUGGCGCUGCUGCAGGCUGUACUGCUCAUGAGCUCAGAUCGUUCCGGACUCACGUGUUUGGAAAAGAUUGAGAAGUGUCAGGAGAUGUACUUGUUAGCAUUCGAGCACUACAUCAACCAUCGCAAGCACAACAUCUCACACUUCUGGCCCAAGCUGCUGAUGAAGGUGACGAACCUGCGCAUGAUCGGCGCCUGUCAUGCCAGCCGCUUCCUGCACAUGAAAGUGGAGUGUCCCACAGAACUCUUCCCCCCGCUCUUCCUAGAGGUCUUCGAGGAUCAGGAGGUGUGACCGAGAGCCACAGGGGAACUCGGGGAGGGAAAACUGAUCGUGAAUUUGUUUUCGCAAAGCAUUUGUUUUUUGCAUCCUCAUGCAACGCCGAGCUGGAACAUGCACCGCCAGCUUUGUCUAGGAUAUGUUUUGGGUUGUCGGCCUCCAUAUCUUUCGACCCUACAGUCACUUGCCAUUCAGAUUUCUCCCACAGACGGACAAAAAGCUAGCAUGCAUCAACCUACCUCUCGUACCGACAUACCUCCCAACCUCAGAAGGAGCUUAUUUUAAAAGCGUGACAAAGAAACCCACACAUUCAAAAGCUAUUUCAUAACCUAUUUCGGAAAUGCUAGCUGUUGUUGUAAGUACAGAGGAAACGUCUAUGAGCAACAUCGAACACCUACAUUUGGGCUCUACACGAUUAACCUAAUUUUCCUCUGAUUACAGUAGUAUUUCAGCAUUCAUCUUCCUCUUUGCACGCAUAGAAUAUCUCCUUUGUGAACAUAACUACCUGUGUGCACUUGUACAUACGUUAAUAUGUUGUGUGAACUUCUCGAACCUCAUAUACACCAGCAUACAGACAUACAUGUAGCAACAUGUCCAUACAUGUAUGUAUGCGUACUAUUCUGCCUGCAUUAACCCAUUUAUCUUCUUACAAUGCAGCGUCUACAGUUCUCACAUACCUUCCUAUCUACCAUAUCCACUUGCAUGUUACUUAAGCUCAACAUUUUGUGACCUCAUUUUCUGAAUAGUCUCUUGUCGCUUUCUGGUGUGUGACCGAUAUAGCUGUGGUGGGGUAUUUCCUCCUGUAUUCAUCUGUCCUAGUGUUGUCCGUUUGGGCAGACAGAUUGAUGUACAUAUGUAUUAAGCCAUAUGCUGUGGUUUGAGACGCAUCCAUCUCCAUAUUAUGGACUUCAGAUCGCUCAUUGUGCUCCAAUUGACCUGGCUCAUCAGAUGGUAGAACCAUAUGGUAUUACAUAGAACUUCAGAGGUAUUCUGGUAUUCUGGGAUUAUAUCCAAAAAAACAUGGUAGUGUCAUGGUACUUAUUUUAGGGGAAUAUUACCCCUGAAAUCCAUCCAUCAUACCACUUAUGUGGACAAAUUAGAAGUACAGGGUGGUAAAUGAUUCCUGAAAAUCAGAAUUUGACAGAUGAUAACAAAAACAGGAACUAAGGGUUAGAGCAUAAGAGUAAUAGGUUACAUUGGGGCUAAACAUCAAAAUAACUACUUCAACAAAAGGCGUUGAACAAUUUUCUGUUUAUUUA